CCUGGAAAAAUAGUUCCUGGUCAAAUAUCAAGGAGUUUACUGAACACUGAUCGAGUGGACUUACUGCCCUACAUGUUUAGAAUAAAUUCAGACAUGUGUAGUUGGUGAACAUGGAGGCCGGGUGUCAUAUAUAGAACACAUGGAGGAGGAGCUAUAAAGCGUUAUAACGGAAGCGUCCUUCAGCCGCGGGUUCUGGUCCGAUGACAGAUCCUUCCCACGGUAACACAGCGGACAUGGCCGCGUCCACCGGAGGAUCAUCCACCGCGGGCAUCCAGGGGUUCCCCAUCAUAACCGGCAGCCCCCCGGAGGACAGCACCGGUAAGGACCCGGAGCAGACCGGAGAACCGAAGAAAAAGCCGUGCAGGGCUUGUACCGACUUCAAGUCGUGGAUGAAGGUCCAGAAAACGCCACAGACCCCAACAGCAGCGUCACAGGCGGCCCCAGCUGAGCAUGUGGAGCCCCAGCGGCAGCCGGAGUGUCCGCUGGACAGGGAAGAGUUAGGGCGUAACACCUGGUCCUUCCUGCACACCAUGGCAGCUUACUAUCCAGACCGGCCCUCCCCCAGACAGCAGACAGACAUGGGACAGUUCAUCAACCUCUUCUCUAAGGUCUUCCCCUGCGAGGAGUGUGCUGAGGACCUGCGGACAAGGCUGAAGACCAAUCAGCCAGACGCCAGUAGUCGCCAUGCCCUCUCCCAGUGGCUGUGUGGCGUCCAUAACGACGUCAACGCUCGGCUGGGGAAGCAGCCGUUUGACUGUUCCCGCGUGGAUGAGAGGUGGAGGGACGGUUGGAAAGAUGGCAGCUGUGACUGACUCAUUACCUGGGAACUAAGAGCUACAGGACACGUCUAUUCACAUCCUGUUGCCUGUAUGGUACCAUUCAGGGAACUAUCUGGCAUCUGACACAGAGACUAUGUUCUAUUUCUGAUUGGCUACGGAUCUCUCUGCUCUGCCCAGAUCUACAUGAUGUUCACUAUCAAUCUGUUGUCCAGUGUUAACAGAAAGUAUUCAUACCCCUGGACUUAUUACACAUGUUGUUGUGUUACAGCCUGAAUUCAACAUGGAUUAAAUACCCCAUAAUGACAUCACACUACCCCAUAAUGACAUCACAAUACCCCAUAAUGCCAUUACAAUACCCCAUAAUGACAUUACAAUACCCCAUAAUAACAUUACAAUACCCCAUAAUGACAUCACACUACCCCAUAAUGACAUCACACUACCCCAUAAUGACAUCACACUACCCCAUAAUGACAUCACACUACCCCAUAAUGAGAUUACAAUACCCCAUAAUGAGAUUACAAUACCCCAUAAUGAGAUUACAAUACCCCAUAAUGACAUUACAAUAACCCAUAAUGACAUUACAAUACCCCAUAAUGACAUCACACUACCCCAUAAUGACAUUACAAUACGCCAUAAUGACAUUACAAUACCCCAUAAUGACAUUACAAUACCCCAUAAUGACAUCACAAUACCCCAUAAUGACAUUACAAUAACCCAUAAUGACAAUAGUGAAAACAGGUUUUUAGAAAUGUUAUCAAAUGUAUUGAUAAUGAAAUACAGAAAUAUCUCAUUUUACAAGUA